AACUGUAUCUACAUCUUACCAAUAAACAAUAUUGACAAAUGCUUGCCAGAAGCCACAUUUUGAAGGCAUUACAACUAAUUUCCGAACUUCAUCUUAAUCCAGUAACUAUUUUGACGAAAAUGUCCAAGCCAUAUUCGCUGCAGUGUACCAAGGCCAUUGUAAGAUAUACCCAAGGGGGGUUCAGCUAUGAAGCUCUCAAACUAUUCCGUCAAAUGCAAUCUGCAUGCCUGAAGCCAAACCAUGUCGCAUUUACCAGUGUUCUCAUCGCUUGCGCAAAGCUUGGACUACUCCUCCAUGGCCAGUCUAUGCAGGCUCUUGUCUUAAAAAGCCAAAUAAAAUCAGAUGUAUCUGUAUAUAACGCCCUCAUUACAAUGUAUUGUAAAUGCCAAAGACUUAAUGAUGCGGCGAGAGUAUUUGAGAGAAUACCCAACAGAGAUUUGGUAUCAUGGAACGCUAUAAUUGCAGCAUAUGUUCAGAGUGGACAAUCUACAGAGGCUAUAAACCAUUAUUCUCACCUGCAGCAUGAAGGCCUUAAGCCGGAUUCCAAAACCUUCACAAGCGUGCUUAGUUCGUUGGCUGUGCCAGAAGCUAUUGAACAAGGAAAACAGGAUAUGCUCAAAAUGAACUUGGAUAUGAGGCCUUGAGCCUGUUUUCUCAAUUGCAAAGCGUUGGCAUUGCGCCCAAUGCUCUGACCUUUGCUAGUGUUCUGAAGGGAUGUGGGAAUACCAAGGUUUUGGGACCGGGGAAGCAAAUCCAAGCGCUUGUGCUCAAAUCGGGACUUCUGGAAUCCAAUAUGUAUAUUAGUAGUGCUCUUGUUGAUAUGUAUGCAAAGUGUGGAAGCAUGGAUGAUGCAGAGAAAGCCUUCAGAAGGUUGCCCAGGCAUGAUGCAGUAUCAUGGACUGCGAUGAUUGGAGGAUAUGUGCAAAAUGGCUUUGGGGUAGAAGCUCUGGAGCUUUUUUGCACUAUGAGAAAGGUGGAUAUUGAUCCAGACGAAUUCACCUUUUCCAGCAUUCUUACAGCAUGUGCGAGUUUGUCUUUAGAAGUAGGCAAGCAAGUCCAUGCUCAUGUGAAGAAAAUUGGCCAAGAGUUGGAUGUCACGGUGGGGAACGCCCUUGUUACCAUGUAUUCGAAAUGUGGAAGCAUUGACAAUGCACAAGAAAUUUUCGAAAGAAUGGUUCAGAGAAAUUUAACUUCAUGGAAUUCAAUGAUUCUAGCAUGUGCACAGCAUGGACAAUGCAAAGGUGCAAUUAAACUUUUUGAACAAAUUCAAACAUCACAAGUGAAGGCAGACGGUAUAACUUUUCUUGGAGUUCUUCAUGCUUGCUGCCAUAAGGGCUUCGUAGCAGAAGGUCGUCACUAUUUUCAUUUGAUGAGUAGGGAUCGUGGUAUCAUACCAAGAGAAGAGCAUUAUGCUUGCAUGGUUGACCUCCUUGGACGUGCUGGACAGUUAAUUGAGGCCGAAGAUUUUAUCAAUUCCAUGCCAUUCAAACCUGGUAUUAUGGUGUGGCAGACACUGCUUGGUGCUUGUACAAGCUGUGGUAAUAUGGAGUUAGGAAUUCGUACUGCUGAGCAUUUGCUUAGUUUGGAUCCACAAGAUUCUGCAACAUAUGUGCUUCUGUCCAACAUUUAUGCAGCAGCUGGCAGAUGGGAUGAUAGAGCAAGAGUAAGAAAGCUGAUGAAAGACAGAGGAGUCAGAAAGGAAGUUGGAUGUAGUUGGAUUGAAGUCAAUAGCAAGGUGCACGCUUUUGUUCUUGAUAGUAGAUUACAUCCACAAAUGAAGGGAAUCUGUGAAUGAUUGGAAGAACUAGCCAAGUGGAUGGUAAAGGUUGGGCAUGUUGCUAAUGCCAAUUUUACGCUAUUUAAUGUGCAUAAGAAGAAGCACUGUUUUAAAGAAGCCAGUACCAACUCUGGGACAUGAUUAGCAUAAGUUCGUGGAAUCUCUCUAAAAACUCAUUGGAACCUAGGAUUGUGCAGGGAACAUUGCACUCUGGCCAAGUUCAUCACUUCAAUGGUAUGGUAAAAUAUUUAAGUGAUGUGAAUCACUUUCAAUAUUCAAUAAAUCGUCUGUUUUCAUGUGAAUAUGACUGAUAAUAGGACGGAAAGAAAGUUGUAAUGUCUGAGUAAAUUCGUUGGUAAUCUUCUUGUUGAGCAACUAUCACAACCAGGACUGGAUUUCAAUGAAUGGCCUUCUUUAUAAAGUUUAUGUUUGGUGGCUUCAGUUUUCACGUCAUUUUUCAUCAAUGUUUUCCUUUAUAGAUCUGAACUACAACUCUAUUCUUUUGCAAAAAAGAAUAAUCACCAAACUUUCAUGGCAACUGGAAGACAGGAUGGCAGAGCAAGAAUGAGAAAGCUGAUGAGAAGCAGGAUAGGUUGUAAUUGGAUUCAUUCCAUAAAAUGGGUGCAUGCUUUUGUUGUGGGUGGCAGAUUGCAUUUUCAAAUAAAGAGAAAUCCUGGUGGGUUGGAUGAGCUGUCUGAGUGAAAAGGCGACAUUUUGAAAAUGCAAACUUUUACUAUAUGACAUGGAGCAUGAGCUGAAGGAACAUUCUUAAUGCUGCCACUGGAAUAAGGCAUCAGCAUCUUUUGAAUAUCUGUAUUAAAACUUUCAUGGAAUCUCUCUAAAUGGCAUGGUAGAAAAAUUGUGAUGUCCCUCACUUCCAACACUUGAUAGAGGGGCUGUAUUUUUGUGAAUAUCAGUGAUGGUAGGAAAGAAAGAGAGAUAUAAUUCCUAGUAAAGUUGUUGACAAUCUCCUCGUGUAGCAUCCAUCAGAACAAGUUUUAGAAUUUGACGUGUGCCCUUAAAUUUCAAUCUUAUUUUUGGUGACAAGGUCAAUUUUUACGUUUCCUUCUAGCAAUGUUUUACGUGAUAGAUUUCUUUUAGAGGUAUUUUAUGUAUCCUUAUAUGCAGAGAAAUAACAUUUUUAGUGAAAAAAAGGUUAGAUUGCCUUGUGAAAGGAGAGAACUGUAGUAC